UAAGAGGCUUUAAGUCUGUUCAUGUUGAAGGCCUUGAGUUGUAUCAUAUGGGACAACAACUUUUAACUGGGACCUACCCUCUCCAUUAUCAUAUGUGUGAUGACGUAGAUACAUCCUAUUUACGUAAUACCAGUAUCCACGAUAGUAAUAAUCGUUGUAUUACUAUACACGGUACAGAUGGUGCCGAGUUAAGCGACAAUGUAUGCUAUGAUCAUCUUGGUCAUGGAUAUUUCCUCGAGGACAGUGCUGAACAGCGAAACAUCUUAGAUGGUAAUCUGGGUGUAGGAACUCAAUAUGGAACACAAUUGUUGACAGAUAUGGCCCCAGAGUGGUGUCCUGAGGGUUUAGAAAGUUCAUGCAAUCAUCCAGCUACCUACUGGAUAACACAUCCCAACAACAUAAUAACAAAUAAUGUUGCAGCCGGUGCUGAGAGAAAUGGUUUUCAUAUACUUUUUGCUAAAAAGCCUCUAACAAUAUCAGCUGCACGUCAAGCAGAACGAGGACUGGUGUUUGAAGAUCAUGCACGACUGUCUAAAAUUGCGCUGUUUGAUCGAAAUGUUGCGCAUUCAAACAAAGAUCGUGGUAUAAUGUUUGAUAGGAUGAUAUCUAAUGGACAAGUCGAUGGCAUUACUGACGAAGUGGUACCAGAGAAUGGACUUAUUGCCAAUAGCAGAUACGAUCCCAGAGAGGAACCAGAUAAAAAAUCACCACGAGCUGAAAGCAUUAUUAAAAGGCCAACAGUUUAUAGGAACAGGGGAGAAAAUAUUUGGUCAAAGGGAGGUAAAAUUGUCUACGAUCACGCAAGUAUUGCAGAUGCCCCAAUUGGAGUUGCUAUGACAAGAAGUAUAUUGGACACUGCACAAGAAAUACGAAACAGUGUUAUUAUUGGCGAAACAGAUAAUCUUGGAUUGCCAUUAAAGUAUAAAAAGGAUGGACAAACACAUAACUUCGAACGUUCUUUUUCACGCCCCUUGCCUAAUUUACCAUUGGUUGGUGUCGAAUUCUUUUUCGGGAUUAUUCUCGUGAAGAACACAUAUUUUGAUAAGUUUAAUCAUUGGACGUGGAAUAGUACGUGGGAGACAGAAUAUGGUUUAGAUGCCACAAGACGAGCAGCAGCGCUGGGAUUUAAUACAAAUUUCCCCUACCCGUCCCUACCACAGAAUGGUGUAGAAGGAGCUGUUUUUGGAUUCUGUGACACGGUUGACGGACUAAAAGUGUUUGCAGGAAAUAGUUCUCUGCCAUUCUUCGAUCAACCAAAAGAUGGCGAUCUUCAAGCAAGUAUUAGAGAUUAUGAUGGUUCUAUCUCUGGUAUAGCAAACGUACAGUUAGUGAGAAAAACCCCAUUUUUCUUGGAUUAUGAUUGUUACUAUAACCAAAAUUAUCAGAUGUCUGUUUGUCCUCAUGAAUAUUCAAAGAUAAUAUUUAAAGGUUCCGAUGGGAUAUUCAAGUCGCCAAAACGCACUGAUUAUCCAAUGUAUAUGGUGAGAGAUGACGUAACUGACAGUCCGUUUGCUAUACGUGGUGACAAAAGUAUAGAGUAUCUGUCUAUGCAAAACAAAGGCUAUGUUGCUAUGUUUAAUGGUACCAAUCCAACUGAUGUAACCGUGAAAGUCAAUAAUUUAGCAAUUGGAUCAUAUAUUCGCCUGGCACUUUGUUUUCCAAAAGGAACUACCGAUUUUACUAUAACUGGAAGCAACCCUACAAUUAAUAGCAACAAUCUCCCAAUAUCUGUUGACAGUAUGUCGGACCUUGAGGCAGAUACAACCGGUAGAGCUUAUUUCUGGGAUAAUUCUCGCGGGUUAUUUUUCCUCCGAUUUGAUGGAACAGAAGCAAGACAAAAUUCCGACGAAGAGUGUCCUGGUUCCAAAUGUCCAAGCAUACGAAUUAAACGUAAUGAUGGUGGUACCGAUCCUAUAGAUUGUUUCCAAGACGCCUACGUCAAUGGACCGUAUAAAGUUACUCCCCAAUCGCCGGAUCCAAUAACUCCGCCAUCAACACCUUGUGUACCAGCUGAGAUUGAUGGACGUGGUGCUGUUGAUCCAGCGGAACUGCUGAUUACAGCUCCUGAGCUGACGCAGACUUGUCACACAUUUGAUUCUGACAAAGUGCCACAACCAUGUGGAACAAAUAAUGCCGGAUAUCGUAUAGGAAGUGGAGGGAAAUGUUAUGCUGUAAUCAACAAGUUUGACAGUUAUAUCAAAUCGAAAUAUCUCUGCUACAGAAUGGGAGGAAUUUUGGCACCAAUACCCGAUCUUGACAGCCAACGUGAAAUAAGAAAUCAUAUUUAUAGAUUUGGAGAAACAAAGAAAGAUUAUUGGGUUGAUGAAGUAGGUGACAGUGCGAAAACUUUCAUGGAGAUGCAGUUCAACAAUUAUUAUAACCCAAUAAGCAAGACGUCAGGCAACAAAAAUGGAGCUAUUUGUCUUUUCGAUUAUGCCACAACACCUUGCCGAACAGGUUGGAAAAAUAUCGGCAGUAGCUGUUAUUUAUUCGAGGAUGUAACUGUAAAAUCGUAUACACAAGCUGAGGAGUUUUGUAGCGGUGAAUUCAUGUCAAUUCUCUCCAUCGAAAAUGCGGAAGAAAACGAAGCAGUCAGAACAUUUGUGUCUGACUAUAACCCAGAAAAGAACGGUGCCGUAUUACUUGCAUACAAGUACAGUUCGGCAAGUAAUGAAUUUGAGUGGCAAGAUGGAGAAACUACAACGUACGCACCAUGGGCUUCUGGACAAGGAACGGGUGCUGUUGCCGCCGAUGGAGAUUGUGCCAGACUCUUUAUUUCUAAUGGCCAAUGGAAGAAUACUCCAUGCGAUAAAACCAACGGCCGACUUGUCUGUAAAACGUCCGUUAAUGUAUAAACGGGACGUACAUUAAUAUAAUGUUACAUUAAUCGAAAUUAGUGCUAAAUAAUUUAAUAAUUUCCCAUAAUAAUUUAUUUGGGAUAAAACAAAUGAAAAUAAAAUAAUUAAAAUUAUUUGUAUAUCUUUAGAUAAACUAUUUCAAUAAAAAUAAAAUGUUUCUUUCAAAUCUGAAAUAAAAAAA